CCAACUAAAAAGUUUUAUUGUUAUAGGUACCUAGUAUUACUUAGUACGCUAUUUUAUUGCUCAUCUUAGCUUCUUAUAGGCACUGUAUUAACCUCUAGGUACCCAUAAGUACCUACUUAACGGGGUUAAUACAGGCUUAUCAAUGCUUAAUCUGCCCUAUCAAAUCUUGUUCGACCACCACCGCAACUUUUACUCCUCUCUUUUCCUCCCUAUCCUUUUUUCAAACCUUCAAUUAUUUUUCAAGAUCCUGCGCCUAUCAAUUCUUCGAUCCCUGGAUUGCUUCCACUCCUUCAGCAUUCCUGGGAUUGUUUCUAGGUUCCUAGGCUAGGCCUGGUUUGUUGUACUUAGGGAUUGGUAUCGAUCCCAGUUUCGUCUGACCUCAGAUCUAUCUAUCUACCUUUUAUCUCCCUAUCUGUCUUACCUCGUUGUUCCGCCUUCUCGCGUAAUUUUUUUUGCGAUAGGAUCGAAUCGAGUCCGCCAUCAUGGCGCCAAACGAGCCUUUCCCGAUUCUUAAUACCUCGGCCGAUCAAUUGCACUCGGGAGGUGGUCAAGAUAAUGCGCGUCGACGUAGGAAGUCGAGUGGACUGGGCGCCGACAUUAGGGUGGGCGAUACGGGCGCACCCAGCCUACAAUCGAGCCUUGCCAGUUUACAAGCAAACAAUGCCACGUCGCAGGCAGCAACUUCGGACAAUAAGGAAGUUUCUAAGAAGGGUUCGAAGCGUCGUAAAGCACGCUCGCUCUUACGCCGAUGCAAACACUAUGCUAUCAAACAUACCUGGGCUCUGCCCCUGGUUCUUUUGACCCUCUUCCUGACCCUCUUCGCCAUCAACCCGACUGAGUCGAACCCUAUCCACCACUUCAUUUUCCUCUCCUACAAGCUCCCCCUCGAAGCGGGCGCCGAUCCCGAAACACCCGCUCAGUAUGGCAAGGGGCCAUGGGAUUUUGCUUUGGUCACUUUCUACACCAUUGUGCUCUCCUUUACGCGUGAGUUCAUCAUGCAGGAACUCCUUCGACCUCUUGCUAGAUAUGCUGGUUUGAAGUCGCGCAACAAGCAAGCUCGCUUCAUGGAACAGAUGUACACCGCCAUUUAUUUCGCUUUCCUCGGACCGGCCGGUAUGUACGUGAUGAGCCGUACCCCCGUUUGGUAUUUCAACACUAGCGGCAUGUAUGAGAAUUUCCCUCACAAGACCCACGAGGCCGCAUUCAAGUUCUACUAUCUGUUCCAAGCCGCCUACUGGGCCCAGCAGGCCAUCGUGCUCUUGCUUGGCAUGGAGAAGCCUCGAAAGGAUUUCAAGGAACUGGUUGGACAUCAUAUCGUCAGUUUGGUACUCAUUGGGCUCAGCUACCGUUUCCACUUCACAUAUAUGGGUCUAGCGGUCUACAUCACUCAUGAUAUCAGUGAUUUCUUCCUUGCCACCUCGAAAACCCUCAACUAUAUCGACCAUCCUCUCGUUGGACCGUACUUCUUCAUUUUCAUGUGCGCUUGGAUCUACCUUCGCCACUUCCUCAACCUUCGCAUUCUCUAUUCGCUAUUCACCGAAUUCAGAACAGUUGGACCUUAUGAACUGAACUGGGAGACUGGUCAAUACAAGUGCGAUCUGUCAUUCUACAUUACCUUAGGUCUUCUUUCGUCGCUACAGGCUCUCAACUUGUUCUGGCUUUUCUUCAUUGUAAGAAUUGCCUACCGCUUUGUUGUGUACCAAACGGCGGAAGAUGACCGAUCCGAGGCUGAAGAAUCCGAGCUUGAGGAAUUAGAACGCGAGAAGGCGGCUAAGGCGGAAUUACUCAAGGAAAAGAGCAUCGAAGCCACUCCAUUGCUCAAUGGUAACGGCGAUGCAAAUGGUAACUCGAACGGCAUUCUUAAGGGUCGCCCAAACGGGGCGGCUUCGUCGUCUUCGAAAAAGAAGUCAGUUCGAUAGAAGACUACUGACAAACCAUUUUUCACGUUUCACGACAUUCGCUUGUAAAAAAUUUCCAACCUUUUUUUGCUGCUUAGAGGGCUAGCAUGUACAAUAUGAAACUUCAAAGAUUCAGCAUACAUGAGGAGCAUAGACGAGACCAUUGGCAUCCAUGGGAAAUGGUCAACAAUUUCUCUACAAGAACAAUCGCCAAUAUGGUUCGACUGCUUCGCUACAAUCAUCAUGGACACAGGCGUUCAGAGGACGGGUUAGCAUCCCAAGCCAUUCGCUCGCAUAUUAUGGAAACGGCGCUCAUAGGGGUUGUUCAGUCGUUUGGGUAUGAAACCUGGAGAUGAAAAGCAAGGGACGUGUUGAUCCGAAUGGGAUUAGAUGACCUUACGCUGGUGUGGUCUGGUUGAUGCUCAUCCAACACUCUUGGGCUUGCUCUGGAUGUUGGAGAGCCUACGAGAUCGGAUCAUAGAUGGCGGGGAGUGGUGGGGUUUUUGGUCAACGACGAUUACAGCAUGACGAGAAAAGAAGAGAAGAUAAGAGCAACGACAUGUUCUUUCGCUUCCCCGUACGAUAGUUACCAUCCACCUUUACAUAAUACUUAAUGACAGAUGGGAUGAGCCUUUUGUAAAAGUUCAUCCCAUCUAAUCCACCCUACUUACUGAGAUACUUAAC